CUCCGGCUCGGUCUACUUGUUGGGAGAAAGAGACGGAAACGCGCGAUUGUGGCGUAAAUUCAGCUACUAUUUUUGAUCGCGGCGUUUGAAGUAAUCUGCUAAUUAAGCAGGAGCGGGGAGAGAUGCCUCAUCCAGCUGCGAUGUGUGCUUCUUCGGUCCACAUUUUGAACCGCUCACAGCCACACGCACUUAGCUCGUUAGCUACAUCGGAAGUUAGCUCCCCGAUUACCGCCAGUCAAGAAACAUUUCAGAAGCAGGUAGAUGCUAAACUCGACAAAUCGCUCACACUUUUUUUUUUUUUUUGAGUGAACCGUCUCCGCUGCCUCACGGAAAUCUGAGCCCGGCGUUGACGAUUGUGUAAUACCCUCACUUUUUUUUUUUUGUUUACAUGCUAACGUCAACACGUUAACCGCAUAAACGGUCAGACUGGGUUCGUCAACACUUCACAGUUAAGCCAACUUUUUUUUUUUUUUUUUUUUUAAAUACGUCUCAGCCCGCUUGGACUACAGCUCGAUGAAUAUUACAAACACGGCGUCAAUUAGCCAACUAGCUGCGUAACGUUAGCUCCGAGCACUGACAGGUCGGCAGGCAGGCGAGGCGAAACCCUGCGUGCUGUGUCCACUGCGCUGCCCUCUUCACACUAUCUAGCGAGGCAGGACGGGUCGCAGUGAAAGAGAAAGAAAGACAAGAGGAGAGCAAGGCGAUGACAGCACUACAAGACACUGAAGAUGCCAGUGAAACAGAUCUUGCCAAGCAUGAUGACGAUGACUAUGUUGAAAUCAAAGAGCAAAUGUACCAAGACAAACUGGCCUCUCUGAAACGACAGCUGCAACAAUUACAAGAAGGUACACUGCAGGAGUAUCAGAAAAGGAUGAAGAAGCUGGACCAGCAGUACAAAGAGAGACUCCGAAAUGCAGAUCUGUUUCUCCAGCUUGAGACGGAACAGGUGGAGAGGAACUACAUCAAGGAGAAGAAGGCAGCGGUAAAGGAGUUUGACGAUAAAAAAGUUGAACUGAAGGAAAACCUAAUUGCAGAACUGGAGGAGAAGAAGAAGAUGAUUGAGAAUGAAAAAUUAACAAUGGAGCUGACAGGCGACUCAAUGGAGGUAAAGCCCAUCAUGACUAGAAAGCUGAGAAGACGACCCAACGAUCCAGUCCCAAUACCAGACAAACGGAGAAAACCUGCACCAGCUCAGCUAAAUUAUUUGUUAACAGAUGACCAGAUAAUGGAAGAUCUAAGAACACUUAAUAAGCUUAAAUCACCAAAACGGCCAGGUGUCUCUCCUUCUUCAGUGUCUCCCUCGUCUCCAGAGCACGUCCCGUCUGCUCCCAUGGAGAACCCCUCGCAGCGUUACGAGGCCCGCAUCGAGGAGGGAAAACUUUACUAUGACAAAAGAUGGUACCACAAGAGCCAGGCCAUCUACCUGGAGUCAAAGGACAACACAAAGAUUAGCUGUGUCAUCAGCUCAGUGGGGACCAAUGAGAUUUGGGUGAGAAAGACUAGCGACAGUACAAAGAUGAGGAUCUACCUGGGACAGCUGCAGAGGGGAGCAUUUGUCAUCCGUCGACGGUCGGCUGCGUGAAACAUUACUCCACCCAUCCCAAACCCAACCCCCCCAUCUGUUCAAUUAUCCAUCCAUCCACACGCUUGUUCAUCCACUGUUGCACUCCCCGUUAGGUGCGUCUCAGUUGAGUUUUGAAAUGUGGCCUCCUUUUCCUCACCGUAUACACUACCCAUAAUGCAGUCCUCCAUGACCAAUACAUCCAAUGCAAGUGCGGUAUAAGUGGUCAUAUACCUGACUGACUGUUUUCCAGCAUUAUUUGUCACUAUGUGGCAUGUGUGUGAAGCGGGUUAGAGGUCAUAAAGGAGCAUACUUUGUUUUUUGUCUUGUGCUGUCAACACAACUCUUUUCUACACCCCCCAGUCUUAUGUACGUGUAUCAUUAAGUUAUUUUUCCUGAACAGCCUCAUGUUGAACCACAGAAGCUGUCUUUAAGCCUUUCAAACUGGUCUUACUGGAGACAUGUAACAAAGCAAGCACUGAAAAACAGAUGAGGAAUAUCAUUGAUCCCUUGACUUAUUGAGUUAGUUUCCUUAUAUAGGAGCCAUGUCAUUUUCGAGAGAAUAUGCCUUUUGCACUGUCAUCAAGAAAUGGAGGCUGCUUGCUAUAAUGAUGUUUAAAGGUCCUAUGUAUUAAACCUUUCAUUUGUUAUUUGGAGGAGAAAAAAAAGUAUUUUGAGGUUUUUAUGUUAUUAUUUGGCCGUUUUAUGCGAUCCUCUCCAUAUGUGAACGAUCUGGAUCAGUUCAACUGUAUUUGCAUGUGGAGGAUUAUGUUGACUUUUGAUUUGUACUGUGUUGCAUUUUAUUAAAAUGUUUUCUGCGUUUUAUUAUUUUGA